GGAAAACGGCGACAGUUUACUCACGGCAGUCGCGCAACAAACGCUGCAGGCGAACCAGUCAAAGAUACAGAUACAUACCAGAUAUAUAGAUACAGAUCCGAUAUAGAAGAGAUUGCGCCAGGGAAUAAUCGUAUAACCAGAGGAUCUUAUCUUUUUUUUGUUUGAGUGCCUGUGCCUCCUCGCUCGGCUGUUUUUUGUCUGUGUGCCGCGUUUCGAGUCCCCAUCCCAAGGACCAGAACCCGAACCCGAACCCUAACCAAGAUGAUCUGCCCGAAACGCACCUCGGAGCUGCUGGAUCUGCACCUGGCCCCGUUCAAGGACAAGGAUCCCGCCUGGGAGAUCGGAGUGUCGAAGAUCGCGGGACGCGGGGUGGUGGCCACCCGGAGCCUGAAGCGGGGCGAGAUCAUCUUCCGGGACAGCCCGCUGCUGAUCGGACUGGCCGCCCACGAGGAGGACUCCCUGAAUGCGUGCAGUGUGUGCCUGAAGAUGCUGCCCGACACGAGAUUCAUGUGCCGCCAGGGAUGCGGUCUCCCAGUGUGCUCCCUGUGCGCCAAGAAGAAGCAGCACAAGAGCGACUGCGACCUGUUCAAGGCCUGGGGACCCAAUGAACCGGACGUGGCCAACUCGGUGAUCAUCCGGCUGCUGUGCGUGGCCAGGGCCAUCAACCUGAGCAAGGAGCAGCGGGACCUGAUCUACUGCCUGCAGGCCAACCUGGACAACAACCAUCGCACCGAGGUGCGCAACGCGGCCAAGUGCUUCAAGAACUUCCCCACCGACAAGAAGCUCAUCGAGAUCAUGAACCGCACCGUGGCCGUGCUGAGGACCAAUGGCUUCGACAAGACCACCGACAGGACGAACGACAACCAGGAGUUCAACUACAGGGCGUUGUACCCGCUGUUCGGCGUCGUCAACCACGACUGCAUUCCCAACGCCUACUACACCUUCGAGGAGAAGACCAACAACAUGAUCGUCCGCGCCGCCGUCGACAUCCCCGAGGGAUUCGAGGUGACCACCACCUACACCAAGCUCUUCACCGGCAACAUCGCCCGCCACCUCUUCCUCAAGAUGAAGAAGGGCUUCACCUGCAAGUGCUCGCGGUGCUCGGACCCCACGGAGAAGGGCGCCUUCAUCUCGGGCCUCUACUGCCGGGACACGAACUGCACGGGCCUGGUGGUGCCGGAGAUCUCCGGCCUGCCGCAUCCGAACUGGAACUGCCUGGAGUGCAAGCAGAAGUCCACGCAUGCGCAGAUGAUGAAGUCGCAGGACUUCGCCAGCGGGGCCAUCAACGCCAAGGCCAACUCCAACUCGCUGCGUACCCUGGUGCAGUACCUAAACGAGAAGAGCGACAGCUUCAUCCCGAGCUCCAACUACGUGGUGGUCGAUGCCAAGAUGUCCGUGCUGCAGCGGCUGCAGCAGGGCCGCGAGGACUGCUCCGAGGAGCUGGCGAACAACACACGGCUCCGCUAUUGCCGGGACAUCACCCACGUGAUGGACAAGCUGGGCCUGGGCGACAGCCUGCUGCGCACCCAACUGGAGGAGCAGCUGCGUCGCGAGGAGGAGCGCCGUGCCAAGCGGCUGGCGGACGAGGCCGAGAAGCAGCGCAAGCUGGCCGAGCUCCAGGCCAAAGCUGCCGAAGCGGACAAGCUGCUGGAGGUCCUGGAGAAGGAGCAGAAGGAGCAGAAGGAGCAGGCAGACCAGGCCGCCGCCGCAGCAGCGGGCACAGCCGAUCCUGGCACGGCUCCUGCUCCUCCGCCGGCUGCCGCCGACGUGGCCUAGAUAUUCACCGUGUCCAGCCACAUUUUCCAGGACUCAAACUCCUUGAUUUCUUUCGUUUCCCCCUGGGUUUUCAGUCCGCAGCUGUGUUCAAAAAUCAGUAGAUUUUUUAUUUUUUCCAGAAUUUAGAAAUAUAUAUUUAAAGGUUUUCAACAAUGCAGCUUAAAUGCAGCAUCAAAAUUAAAGCAGAGACAUUUCCUUUUUAAUAAUAAUUUCAUCAUUGAUAACAUUAUUUUGAGCACAGCCGUAAUCAAUGAAAUCAGGGGUUUUCUUGUAUCGAAUUAUAGGGUUUGCGGUGAUAAAUACAGUUUACUGAGAGUUUGGAUCCCGAAAAUGUGGCCCAGCACGCGUAGUCCCCCCAACAGUCCUCUGGUCACCUCUCCCAGUUCUGUGUUGUGUGUACUAAACUAAAUAAUUGUAUCUGUAUUUGUAUUUAUUUAUUUAUAAUAAAUUAAAAAUUAUACUCGCCGAGUGCAAAUUU